AUGCAUUCGUCUCUCGUUGCUGUUCUCAUCUUAGUACUUAUGAUUGCGGCUAAAUGCCAGGCUGGUACAGUUUCAUGUGUCCAAUCGGCCGCCAUUUUGGAAUGUCCAUCCAUUAAAUGUAAUAAAGUCGGUCUUGCCAAAGCGGAGGUGAAAUAUCCAUCUAAUUGUUUUGUUAUUGGACCCGAUCAUACCCUCCACACUAAAUAUUAUCGUCUGAAUAUGCCCGGUGGUGGGUACGGUUAUGUCAGUGCCGUGUAUUGUGCAGGCAGCAUCAAGCAGUUCUGUCCAGAGUCUUGA